UUUGGUCAUAUAGGGUGGCUGGUGAGGUCCCAAAUGAAAACCUCUCGUAAACCCUCGAGCUAAACAAACUACCUCGGAUUGGCCAUGGAAGACGGAGUCGAACUUGACGAUGGUCCGCCACUCGCGAUCGAAAUACCCGGGACGUCCGACCAGAACCGGCGACCCGAAGACGGCGGCGCCUCGGUGGGCGUCACCGUAAUCACUGGUUACCUCGGCGCCGGCAAAUCCACGCUCGUCAACCACGUCCUGAACUCCCAACACGGGAAGAGGAUAGCCGUUAUACUGAACGAGUUUGGGGAAGAGAUCGGGGUGGAGAGGGCGAUGAUCAACGAAGGGGAAGGCGGGGAUCUCGUCGAAGAGUGGGUGGAGCUCGCGAACGGCUGCGUCUGUUGCACCGUCAAGCACAGUCUGGUUCAAGCCCUCGAGCAACUUGUUCAGAGGAAAGAAAGGCUCGACCAUAUAUUGCUGGAAACGACCGGCUUGGCGAACCCUGCUCCUCUUGCGUCUGUUCUUUGGUUGGAUGAGCAGCUUGAAUCUGAUGUGAAGCUCGACUCCAUUGUCACAGUUGUAGAUGCUAAAAACCUCCGAUUGCAGCUCAAUGAGCAGCGUGAUUCUUCUUCAUUUCCAGAAGCAUUUCUUCAAAUUGCAUUUGCGGAUGUGGUGAUUCUUAACAAGGUUGAUUUGGUUUCCUCGGAGGCCACUGGUGCCUUGGAAGAGUUGGAGAAGGAAAUACACGGCAUCAACUCUCUUGCCGACAUCAUUCGCACUGUUAGAUGUCAAGUUGAGUUGUCAACAAUUUUGGAUCGGCGGGCCUAUGAUGCUACAGUAAGUUAUGUUAUGCUCUUUCAGCGUGUUGCUCACUUAGAAACGUUGCUGCUAGAAAAUCAAUCUCUUUCUGGUAGAGAACUUCAUGACAAGAGAGUGCGCACAUUAUGCAUUUGUGAGCCUCGGAAAGUUGAUCUCGAUAAGGUUCGUUCAUGGCUUGAGGAGAUUCUUUGGGAUAAGAAAUAUGGCAUGGAUGUAUACCGCUGUAAAGGGGUCCUGAGUGUCUUGAACUCGGACAUGCUACAUACUUUGCAGGCUGUCAAGGAGAUAUACGAGAUUGUUCCAACUCGCAAAUGGAAAGAACAAGAGAAUCCGAUGAACAAGAUAGUGUUUAUCGGUGAUGUUCUGCAAAGCUCAUCUCUCGAUUCCCUCAGAAUUUGUGCACUGGCAUUGUGAUCUGGCGAUUAUCCAUGCUAUUGGCUUCUCAUUCGUUGAAUUGAUGAGAAACGUGGAUC